GGAAUAACUAAUGAAGAGAUUGCUCAUAUGCCCCUCUUGUCUUCACAGAUGGGGAGCCAGGAGGGUCUUGCACGGAGGAAGCUUCUGCUCAGGCCGAAGACUGGGAGGAUAAAGAGUUGCCCAAAGAUCAUUCACAUUCAGAACUGAAAAAGAUCCAACCUUACUGUGAACAUUGUAAUGCUGAAAAUAAACACAAUGAACAAGUGACCCCCAGGCUCCUUUCCGGGGAACAGUUUUUACUGAAGUUGGACACAGAGGGAACUUACCAGUGCACGGAAACUGGUCUGAUAUUUGAGGUUAACAGAAAAGUUGACAUCAAGUAUUGCGUUUUGUCCUGGAGCAAAUAUGCAGACCUGGUUGUUAAACCCUGGGUUGUCGGUGGACCCUUGUUUGAUGUUAAAUGUGACCCAACCUGUCUUAUCUCCAUUCAGUUUCCACAUUCCCUCUGCUUGGGUCACCAUGAUGCCAAUAUGACAUUCAAAGUCUUACAUGUUAAAAGUUCUGGGGCCUCAUUAGAAUCUACCGUGGAUCAUUCUACAACCCACGUCAAAUGGCGUGUGAGCUCUCUUUCUCCUGUGGGACCUGUUAUUCAAAGUGAAGAGACCGUAUACCACCACGGGGCUGUGAUUCUCUACAAAGCCAUUGACCAUAACCCAUCCUUGUCUUUUCGAGUGUACAUAGCAACCAAUAACGAGUCUUUCAUCAAGGAUAUUUCCAAGUCGGUAAAGCACUCCUCUAAGAGAUUCAUGAAAAUUGACAAGCCUCCUGUUUGCCAGAAGUUAUUGCAGAACGGGAAGAAAUACAGACUGAUCAGUGAACCAGAAGCUGAAAUCACCCCAGAGGAAAUUGAAUUUGUUGAUGGUUCACUUUUAAAAUUGAAAAGUUACAUUGAAGUGUAUUUGGAGCAACCAGUGGAGUUUAAAUUACUUUUGGUCGAAAUGGAUUCUGAGGAAAUUGUAUGGAAAGCAAAACUGAGAGAAUGUGACUGGGUUCAGCAUGAUCAGAAUCAGAACAUUUCGAAAAGAAGCACAAAUGGUAACAGGCGGCGAAAAAUGACGAGUAGCUUACCUGAUGAGGACGUCUAUGACAAGAGAAUGAAGCAGGUUGACACUUCAGAUGGAGCAAAGACCAGAACCCUGUUAAAAGACGCACAGUUGAUUACCCUUGCUGCGAAGCUGGGGAAGGAGUGGAUAAAAAUUGCCAUUGCCAACCUGGAGUUGGAGAUUGGUGAUAUUGAUGAUAUCCGGGAGAAGAAAGAAGACAUUACGAUGUGUAACUUUAGGAUGCUGAAGAAGUGGCAAGAAAAGGAGCAGAGUAAUGCCACAGCCGAGAAUUUAUAUAAGUGCCUGAAAAACGUUUCUGUUGAAGUCCAAGAUGUGCUGAAAGGCCUUGUGGCGCUGAAGCAGUGCUGGGGAAGGCCACUGGGUGGCGCCAGUGAACCUCCAGUAGCAGAGAAGAGAAGAGGAAAAGCCGAGAGCCCAAAGCAGGGCUAA